CGCCCCCUCCUUCGCCGCCUCUGCCUGCCGCUCCGGCCGCGGCUCCUCCCGAGGGCCGGUUCCCGCUGUCUCUGCCGCGGCGCCUGGGGCACACCGGCGUAACUGACCAGCUGGCCGCUGGCGUCGGGAGCUGCCGCGUACACUGGGAAGCCGGGACCGAGUCGUCCAGCCGCGCCUCUCGCCUCUUGCCCCAGCGGGAGCCCGGCUGGCGAGCCGCGCUCCGGCCCUUCCCGGGCGGCGACGCAGCCACAGCCCGCGCCCAGACACAGAUGUGGGAAGAUAAAUGAAGGGGUCUAGAAGUAAGAUAAACGUCAGUGGAAAGCACAGCUACCAUCACUAAGACAUGUAUUAUGUGAGAAGUUCAUUGGAGAAGAGAAUGCUUUAGUGGUGUAUCUAUUUUGGAAGGCUUAUAUUCCACAACAUCCUGAAGGACUGAAAACAGUGAAAUCACUUUCAGAGUUAAAAGACUAUUAAGAAUUCAAGAUGGGGACUCCUGGUUCUGGAAGAAAAAGAACACCUGUGAAAGACCGAUUUUCUGCAGAAGAUGAAGCUUUGAGUAACAUUGCCAGAGAGGCAGAGGCAAGAUUGGCAGCAAAACGGGCCGCCCGGGCAGAAGCAAGAGAUAUACGCAUGAGAGAACUGGAACGACAGCAAAAAGAGCACUCUCAUCAUUCUUUUGAUCGGAAAUGGGGACAGAUUCAGAAGUGGCUGGAAGAUUCGGAAAGGGCCAGGUAUUCCCACCGGUCCAGUCAUCAUCGUCCUUAUCUGGGAGUUGAGGAUGCAAUGUCCAUUCGAAGUCUUGGCAGUCACAGGUACGAUAUGCUCAAGGAUAGAUCAUCAAGACUUUCAUCAUUAAAUCAUUCUUACAGUCAGUCUUCUGGAAUGAAAAAGAGGUCUUCUGGUUCUCGUAAAGACCUGCUGAGUGGCCUGUACUUUGACCAGAGAAAUUAUAGCAGUCUUAGACAUAGCAAACCCACCUCUGCCUACUACACUCGGCAGUCUUCUUCCCUGUACAGUGAUCCUCUGGCGACAUCUAAGAGUAACAGGGCCUCCCCUACUGCAAAUUCUGGUCUGCUGAGAAGUGCCAGUCUGGCAUCAUUGUACAGUGGUGGAUCAUAUAACCCUUAUGGUUCUCGAACUCCAUCUGAGUACAGUUACUACUCAUCAAGAACAAGUUCGUCCCGAAGCAGUCCGGUGUUUACCAACGAUGACAACGCGAGCAUUGUGUCUUCUGAUCGUGCCAGUCGUGGGCGAAGGGAGAGUGUGGUUUCUGCUGCUGAUUAUUUUAGUCGCCGCAAUCAUAGGGGAAGUGUUGUCUCUGAGGUGGAUGACAUCAGUAUCCCAGAUUUGACCAGUUUGGAUGAAAAAUCUGACAAACAGUAUGCUGAAAAUUAUACCAGACCUUCAUCUCGAAAUUCUGCCUCAGCAACAACCCCUUUAAGUGGAAACUCAUCCAGACGAGGAAGCGGGGACACCAGCAGCUUAAUAGAUCCAGACACCUCCUUAAGUGAAUUGCGGGAUAUCUAUGACCUUAAGGACCAGAUACAGGAUGUAGAAGGGAGAUACAUGCAGGGGCUUAAAGAACUAAAGGUAUCAGGGCCCAUUCUGCAGCCCACGCAUGCUGUGUAUGCAGAAGUGUUGGAGUCUUUGUCUGAAGUAGAAGAAAAAUACAGGAAAGCCAUGGUUUCUAAUGCACAGUUAGACAACGAGAAGAACAAUUUGAUUUACCAAGUAGACACACUCAAGGAUGUUAUUGAAGAACAGGAGGAACAGAUGGCAGAAUUUUAUAGAGAAAACGAAGAAAAAUCAAAGGAGUUAGAAAGGCAGAAACAUAUGUGUAGCGUGUUGCAAUAUAAGAUGGAUGAACUUAAAGAAGGUCUUCGGCAAAGAGACGAACUUAUUGAGGAGAAUCAGCGCAUGCAACAGAAACUAGACACCAUGACAAAAGAGGUGUUUGACCUCCAGGAGACACUUCUUUGGAAAGAUAAAAAAAUUGGGGCCCUAGAGAAACAAAAAGAAUACAUUGCCUGCCUUAGGAAUGAGCGAGAUUUGCUCAGAGAGGAGCUGGCUGCCCUGCAGGAGACAGUGAAGACGGGAGAGAAACAUGGCUUAGUUAUAAUCCCCGAUGGCACUCCCAAUGGUGAUGUCAGUCAUGAGCCAGUGGUUGGAGCCAUCACUGUUGUGUCUCAGGAAGCCGCUCAGGUCUUGGAGUCAGCAGGAGAAGGGCCACUAGAUGUACGGCUACGAAAACUUGCUGGAGAAAAGGAAGAGCUGCUAUCACAGAUUAGAAAACUGAAACUGCAGUUGGAGGAAGAACGACAGAAGUGCUCCAGGAAUGAUGGCACAGUGGGUGACCUGGCAGGACUACAGAAUGGCUCUGACUUACAGUUCAUUGAAAUGCAGAGAGAUGCCAAUAGACAAAUUAGUGAAUACAAAUUUAAGCUUUCAAAAGCAGAACAGGAUAUAACCACCUUGGAGCAAAGUAUUAGCCGGCUGGAGGGACAGGUGCUGAGAUAUAAAACUGCUGCUGAGAAUGCGGAGAAAGUGGAAGAUGAACUAAAAGCAGAAAAAAGGAAGCUACAACGAGAGUUACGAACAGCGCUGGACAAGAUUGAGGAGAUGGAGAUGACCAACAGCCACCUGGCCAAGCGGCUGGAGAAGAUGAAGGCCAAUAGGACAGCACUUCUGGCCCAGCAAUAGGGAGGCCACCCUUUGACCUGGGCGCUGCUCCUUGGGGCCCUGCCCAGAGGAACUGACUCUUUGUCCAUUGACAGAAACCCCUUUCAGUAGUACUGUUUGAGUUUUGUCAUUAAAAUAGUCACCUUUGUAUUUUAUAAUUUAUGAGAGAAUGAAGCAGGUUUGAAUCUUCAUGAAUGAACACUUGGAUUUUGUUUGUAGUUUGAUUUUAGACUAAGAACCAGUCCAUACUGUUAUUUUUAAUUUCCAUAAUUUCAGAAUCACGUUUACUCUACAUUUUCCCCCAACUGCCUCAGUGACUGGGCACCCGAGGCCUUGGCAUGGGUUGUAGAGGACAGCAAUUCCAUGAGUGCUCACUGAGAUGCUUGCUGGAGACCUCAGAAAACACAAGUGCCUUCUCCACGGUGCAGUUCAGACUUCAGCGAUCUCCAGUGGUCAAAAGACAUUUACCCUUAAUAUCAGAUAGCAUUUAUAUUUUGGUGAAGAAACAAGUUCACAGAUGGGGCAUCUAUGUUUCACUCAAAUUUAUAUGUUUGGAGGAAAAAGCUUUUUUGGUAAAAUAUUUAAAUUUAUAUAAGAAAAUGUUAGGAAAAAAUAUGGGGAGUGUUAUAUAAAACUUGCUUUAUUGCAUGGGGCAGGGGAAGUCCAAGGGCUAAUACUCUUAAAUAAGAGUAGGGUCCUUAUUCUUCAAUAGCAACUGUGCUGUACCUUGUAAAGUAUUUCAUCUGCUGCUUAUUUGUGGAACGAAACCUCAGACAAGCUGAAGGGGGAGGGAAGGGCAGGGUAGGCAGGUAAGGAAUCUGCCUAAAGAUUCUAUUAAACACACCCUUUUGCCAACCAC